AUGACUGAGACUGCGGCUGCCGCGACCCCAACCCCCAGCUGCCCCUGCUGUGCGACCCCGGAGCGCUCGCACGCCCUCUCCGUCGCUCCGAUGAUUGAGGUCACCGACCGGCACUUCCGCAUGCUGAUCCGGAUCAUCGCGCCGGGCGCCAGCCCGCACCUGUGGAGCGAGAUGACCUGGGACCGCGCCAUCCUGUACAACGCGCCGUCGGAGCCCGAGUUUGCGCUCAACACCAACGCCUGCCGGCCCGGCCUCGGCGCCGUCCUCGGCUUCAGCGCCGAAGAGCGGCCGCUCACGCUGCAGCUCGGCGGCUCGGACCCGCAGAAGCUCGCGCGCGCCGCCCGGCUGGCCGAGGCGCAGGGGUACGACGAGAUCAACCUCAACUGCGGCUGCCCCGCGCAGACGCGCGGCCGCUCGCGCAACUGCUUUGGCGCCCGCCUCAUGCGCGAGCCAGAGACGGUCGCCGCCUGCUGCGCGGCGCUCUGCGCGGCGGUGUCGCUGCCCGUCACCGUCAAGAUGCGGCUCGGCGUGGACGAGCACGACUCGUACGCGGCGCUCCACCGCUUCGUCGAGCUCGUCGCCGCCGCCGGAGUCGCCCAUUUCGUCGUGCACGCGCGCGCGGCGCUGCUCGGACUCGACACGGCCAAGAACCGCUCCGUGCCGCCUCUGAGGCACGAGUGGGCCUUCGCGCUGCUCGACGACUUCCCGCACCUGCGCUUCUCCAUCAAC